AAGCAUUGAUGCUUGGGCUCCAGUGGGUUUUCCACUUCCCCAGCUGGCUCAAUAUAAAGAACUCCGCCGUCUCCGCUCGACUUUUCUACACAACAUAAGGAGUCCUGAAAACAUACGAUAAAAAGCUAUAUACUUCACAAAAGUAAUCACAGGGAGAUCAUGAAGGAAAAUGAGCAACAUUUGUUGAAAGGAGAGGAAGGAGAGGAAGGACAUGGAAGAUACCAUCAUGGGUUCAAUUCAGCUCAGAUGCAGUCUCUGGCUAGUGUAUGUGAGGCUGUUUUUCCUUCUCUUCCCAUGGAUUCUACAGAUGGAGAGGAAGAGAAAUCAAACAAGGUUUUGCAGUUAUUCCUUAAUGCUUCAGCCUCGCAACCUCCUAUCCCUGAUGAGGUUGCAGAGACGGUGGUGAAGAGGGUUUUCAGAGAACUGGUGAUCAUGGCCAAAAUCAUACUGCAGAUGUUAUCAUCAAGGUUGGGGACGCUGCUGCUUUGUGGGUCUCUAUGUUUAAGUGAGAAAUGGCCCUACAUCAACAACUUCUCUGGAAUGUCAUUAGAGAGGAGGGAGAAGUUUCUUCAAAGGUGGAACAAGCAUUGGUUUCUAAGUCCCAUUAGAGCUGUGUUUGUUAUCCUCAGGAUCUGUUGCCUCUAUGUUUUCUUCUCCAGGUUUGGGGAAGACGGUGAUAAUCUGGCAUGGGAAGCCAUUGGAUAUCAGGUAGACUGUGAUGAGAGCCAAGUAUCGAAGGGGAGGCCUCUUCAGAAAGGAAUAAUAGAAACUAUGCAUGGAAAUGACUCCACCCUUCUCCAUUCAUUGACUCAGAAAGGCCUUGAAGUUACACAGGAUCCUGUACAGAACCUCUACAAAAUCAAAUGUGAUGCUGUAAUUGUGGGCUCUGGUUGUGGUGGAGGUGUAGCAGCUGCCGUUUUGGCUCGCUCUGGCCAGAAGGUCAUUGUCCUUGAGAAAGGGGGCUAUUUUGCUCCUGCAGAUUACUCUCUAUUUGAAGGCCCCUCAAUGGAUCAACUAUAUGAAGCAGGAGGUAUCCUUCCAAGUUAUGAUGGGAAGAUGAUGAUACUGGCAGGCUCAACGGUUGGUGGUGGCUCAGCUGUCAACUGGUCAGCAUGCAUCAAAACACCAAAGUCUGUGCUUCAAGAAUGGGCAGAGGACUGCAAAAUCUCCAUUUUUGGGAGCCCGGAAUAUGAUUUGGCCAUGGACAUUGUUUGUGAAAGAAUUGGCGUCACAGAAAAUUGUGCAGAGGAAGGAUUUCAGAAUCAGGUCCUCAGGAAAGGAUGUGAAAAUCUUGGUCUUGAAGUUGAAAGAGUGCCACGGAAUUCUUCAGAGAGUCAUUACUGUGGAUCUUGUGGUUUUGGCUGUAGAAGAGGAGACAAAAAAGGGACUGAUUGCACCUGGCUAGUAGAUGCCGUGGAUCAUGGUGCAGUGAUCAUAACAGGAUGCAAGGCAGAGAGAUUCAUGUUAGAAACGAACAAAAAAGGCAGAACAAGGAAAAAGAAAUGCUUGGGAGUGGUUGCAAAAGUUUUAAACAACAAUGUCACGCAUAAACUGCAAAUUGAAGCCAAAGUAACAAUCUCAGCAUGUGGAGCUCUUCAGACACCCCCUUUAAUGAAGUCUAGUGGGUUGAAGAAUCAGAACAUCGGUAAAAACCUUCAUCUCCACCCCGUCCUAAUGACUUGGGGGUACUUUCCAGAUUCAAAUUCAGAGCUGAAGGGAAAAUCCUAUGACGGUGGAAUAAUCACAUCUGUCCAUAAAGUUUUAUCUAAGAACUUAGAUGUGAAAGCUAUCAUCGAAACUCCUGCAUUAGGACCAGCCCAGUUUUCUGCAAUUUGCCCGUGGACAUCUGCACUAGACACAAAAAGGAGGAUGCUAAAAUAUGCAAGAACUGCUCAUAUGAUAACGAUUAUAAAGGAUAGGGGAUCAGGUGAAGUUAGGUCAGAGGGAAGGGUAACCUACAAAUUAGAUGCAGCAGACAAAGAAAAUAUUGAGGCUGGCAUGAGGCAGGCAUUGAGGAUUUUGGUGGCAGCUGGAGCUGUUGAGGUGGGUACCCAUCGCAGUGACGGUCAGGGAAUUAAAUGCAAAGGGAUAGAUGGAAAACAACUUGAGGAGUUUCUGGACAAUGUCUCUGCAGUUGGAGGCCCAAUGUCCCAUGAUGAGAACUGGGUAAUCUAUACCAGCGCUCAUCAGAUGGGGAGCUGCAGGAUGGGGAUUAAUGAAAAAGAAGGCGCAGUUGAUGAGAAUGGGGAGAGUUGGGAAGCAGAAGGGCUAUUUGUUUGUGAUGCAAGUGUUUUGCCAAGUGCUGUUGGUGUCAAUCCCAUGAUCACAAUCCAAUCAACUGCUUACUGUCUCUCAAAGAGAAUCGCAGAGUCUUUAAGAGGAAAAUAGCAUUGAAUAAGAAUGAAGAAUUUAAAAAAUACAGUGAACUAGCGAAGCUUGCAAUUCUUUGCAAGGCUAAGCUAUGAAGCUUGGAUUAAUUGCAGACAGAAAAUAAGGCUGAUGAGUUACAAAAUGCAUUUAGCAGAAACAUAAGGGAACUCCUAGGUGACAACAGCCAUUUUAUAAAAGAAAAACCAAUUAGAUAUUUGUAUUUGAAAUAUAUAUGAGUUCUUGUUUUGCAGUCUGGCUACACAGCACUGCAACUGAGGAACUAUUUGAUGGGGGACAACCUUCAAUGUCAGGGGUUCGCCCUCAUCCAAAUGUUUGUCUUUUAUCUUUUAGUUUGGUGUUCUCUUCUUCAUCGGUGUAUGCAAAGUUGGGAUAUAGGAUAACAGCACUAGAAGCAUUAUUAUGGCAUAAAAUUACCCCUAAGAAACAUAAAAUCAGAGGAAACUGCAGCAACCCACAGGAGAACAAUAAUUCAGUACAGAAUCU